ACGUUAGCUGAUAAAAAGUGGACACAAGUACAAGACUACAUUAGUAAUUCACACAAGAGUAAAUUUGGCUCAAGAGAAAAAUACGUAACUUAAACAUUUACACAAGCUCACAUGCAGUUAACAUGCCCCAUCUAUAGGACAACAAAACAUGAACUGUUUUUCCUGGCUUGCUGUGUUAAAUUAUUUUUUGUGGCUUGCAUGUGUUUAUACUUCGAUUUAAAUGUACAAUAAACCUACCAUCACGAAGUGAGAGAAAUCUCCCAUUUGGAUAUGAAUAUACGAUAUAGGAUAAAAUAUAUGGCAAACAUUAUAAAAGGUGCAAAUAACGUCUUACAACGUGUUACAAUAACAUUAAAUGUGAAAAAGUAGGCUAACAUAGCUAACGUUACAUUAUUUCAACUCGAGGACAACGUCUUUGCUACUGAGGUAAAAUCUCUCAUAAAAAUUCAGUCUUAUUCCAACUCACUCAUAUUUCCAUUUGCAAUCAUCAAGCCUUUGUCUUCGACAGGAAAUUAAAAAAUCCAUAAUUUCCAGUGACAAUAGAAGCAAUAAGUGUAACUCCGUGUGUAGCAGCCAGUGCUUAAUACCCGAAAUCAUUUUAAUUGUACUCUGGAGGAUCGCGGCAGGCGAAAUUAAACGCCGUCAGUCAGCUGGGGACGGCACCUGUCAAUCAAACCGUCCGUUAUAAAGCCGCUCCGCUUUCGCGCCGUCUAGUCAAAAGCGGGAAGAGCGCGCGAACUGACCAAUUCCACAAGCGCGUGAAGUUUAUUCGCGAAUAGAAGCAGUUUUGAGAGAGAUAAUUUUGCUCUCUCUGCACAUACUGCCAAAUUUAUUUGCAUUUACUAAUCCAGCACAGAUAAAAUGGACAAGUUACCUGUUAUGAACAUCAGCGCCGGGAACAGUUCCGUGGAUAGACGCUCGUUUCUGGAGAGAGGUGGAUAUCAGCACCUGGAUCACGGAGAUCUGAGGGUCUUGAUUCCAGUGGUGCUGGGAGUCAUCUGCGUCCUAGGAUUCACAGGGAAUGUUACGGCUAUGGGAGUCCUGAUCACCAAUGCGCGUAAAAGUAAGCUGUCCUUGAUCAACGCACUCAUCCUCAACCUCAUGCUAGCUGAUGGUCUGGUCCUGGCAUUUGCUGUCCCCUUCAAAGCCACUGCUUAUUCCCGUGCCAGCUGGACCUUGGGUUUGUUUGUCUGUAAGACCUGUGACUGGUUCUUGCACUCAUGUAUGGCUGCAAAGAGCUUUACUGUGGCCAUCAUGGCCAAAGCUUGCUACAGGUAUGUCAGUAACCCCACCAAGCAGGUAAGCAUCCGUUUGAAGACUAUCCUGGUAGUCCUACUCUUUACUUGGCUCUUGGCUUGUGUGGUCCCCAUUCCCCAGUGGCUUUUUUCCACCCUGCAAAGAGAAGCAAGUGGAAUGAUUUGUGUUCAAGCAGUGCCAGUCGAUGCCCAUGAUUUCAUGUCUGUGUACGUCAAGGUGUACCCUCUCCUGGCCUACUGCACGCCUUUGAGUUUCGCCCUACUUUAUUUUUGGAAAGCAUAUGGACGAUGCCAGCGCAGGUCCAGCAAGACCCAGAACCUACGAACGCAGAUCCGAUCCCGCAAACUCACCCUGAUGGUGUUCAGCCUGAUGGUGGCCAUGGCCACCAUGUGGCUUCCACAAUGGGUGUCCUGGGUUUGGAUGCGGCAUGCCCUAGAGACUGAUGGUGCAUUUCCUCCAGUCCUCUUCACGCUCUCCGCCCAGCUCCUCAUGUUCUCCAUCUCUCUAGUCAAUCCUCUCAUCGUUCUUGCCCUGUCUGAGGAGUUCAGGGAGGGCUACAUUGGCUUGUGGCGAAGGCUCACCCUCCGCAAACAACUGCCGAAACAACACAAGCCAGGACCACACACCCCGACUGCCCCAAAGUCACCCACCCCAAGACCCGAAAGGUCAGCCCACCUCCCUCCACACCAGCCUGGGCGAACAGAGGAGCAAAAGUCUGAAGAACAACUGGACCAGAGUGGAGGACUGCAGGAGAGCCCGACCAACAAGGUUGGAAUAGCACUGCAAGAUGUAGAGCAGUUCUGGCAGGAGAGGGAGACUGGCUCCCACUCACACGAAAAUGAUCCUGUGCCCUGGGAACAUCAGGAUCCCAAAGAAGGAAAAAAAUAAUAAAGUUAGAACCCCAGUUCUUUGAAAUUUUAACACAAAACAAUGAAAUACACACAACAGAUCAGACCUCACCUGGACUUGGCUCUCUCAUUGUGACUAAUCAAAAAUGAGUUAUGGUUUUAAUAUAUUUAUUAUUUGUGUUUGUUGUUUAACUCUUCUGAACAAGAUGAAAGUGAUCAAACUGGCCUGUUAUGAUCUAUGAGUGUUUUGAAAUGACUAUAUUGUUUUGUAUUGUUGUUAAAAAGAAAAUGUAUUAUAUAUUAAAAUGUGUAGCAAUAUCACUAAAGAAACCAGUGUGUGAUGUCGUCUUGUGCGCACAGGUCCACAAAGACAAUAAAAAUGCCGAAAAGCUGUGGAUAGCUCUCUCCUGCCAAUGGAAUGGUUAAAAAUAGAUGUUGAAAUCUUACUUUUAUUGAUAUUUGCAAUUUGUCCUUUUAUUAUGAGUGUUUACACAUGAAGAUGUAAAUGAAAUGUCUACAGAAUGAAUAUGCUAUAAAGAGCAUUUAGGGAUUGAAAUCAUGUAAAAUAAAUGUAUAUAUAUUGCCUA